AUGCGCGCUUUCAUCGUCUUGUGUUUAGUGGCCGUCGCCACCGCCGAUAAGCUCGGCUACAACUACCAGCCGGUAGGACACUCCAGCUCAGGAUUGUCGUUCGCUCCUGGCAGCGGCAGUGGAAGUAUCGGUGGUGGAAGCCUGGGAGGUUCCCUUGGAGGACUCGGCGGUGGCUCUCUGAGCGGACUCGGUAGUGGCAACUUCGGAAGCCUUGACAGCGGUCUGGGCGGUUCAGGAUUGGGCGGCUCUGGUCUGAGCGGUCUUGGCGGCUCUGGAUUGGGCGGCUCUGGUCUGGGCGGAUCUGGUCUGAGCGGUCUUGGUGGCUCAGGACUCGGCGGCUCUGGACUCGGCAGCUCAGGAUUCGAUGGACCCGUCGACUACAACGCUGCUCCUUCAUCGGAAUUGAACAAGGAAUUCUUCACUUUCACCGCCAACGAGGAAGACUUCGAUGAGCCCCAGGCUUUGGAACGUGCCUCCAGCUCAGUGAACAAGGGUCUGCGCGUUGUCUUCAUCAAGGGACCCGAGAACCGUGGCCUAGAAAACGCUGCUCUGGCUUUGGCUAAGCAGGCUGCCGAGCAACAGACCGCCAUCUAUGUCCUGAACAAGCAGGCUGACAUUGGAGAUCUGGCCAGCAUGUUGAACGCCAUCCGCAGCAACAGCAACAACAAGCCCGAGGUUCACUUCGUCAAGUACCGCACUCCUGAGGAUGCUGCCAACGCUCAGCGUGCCAUUCAGUCGCAGUACGACUCUCUGGGUGGAGCCAGCCAGAACCACAACGGUGGUGUUGCCAAGGCUUUGAACUUCGCUUCGGCCCCACAGUUCCGUCAGCAGAAUGCUCAGAUCCCCGAGAACUCGUAUCUGCCAUCAUCGGUGCUGCGUCGUCUGCGUUUCCGUUACUAAGUCAAAGACCAUUCAUAAUUUUUUUUGUUGACUCUGUUAUCUAUUGAUUUGUCAAA